AUGGCAGGAAGAAAGUUUUUGACGCAAAGAGAAUUGGAAGACGCAAUGGAGGACAUUAUAAAUGAAGUGGAAUAUGAUCUUGGCACAUCCAAACUAGACGUUUUUGUUAAGGCAACAAGUAAAGAUAAUGAAAAACUUGUUAAGGCAGCCGAAGCAACACUAGCAUAUCAUACAGUCAAACAUCACCAGUCAUUUAAUUCAAUGGAUUGUGCAACUAAUAUCCACAGGAAGAUGUAUCAGGAAUCAUCAAUUUUAAAAUCAGUGACUUGCGGCCAUACGAAAGUUGAAGCCAUAGUAAAUGGAGUACUCGGACCGUCGACCAUAAAAGCUAUCACAAAUCAGAUUAGUGGUAUUUCGUUUAUUGGAGUUUCUACAGAUGCCAGUAACCACAAUGCAAUUAAGAUGUUUCCUAUAUUAAUCCAAUAUUUUGAUUUUAAAAAGGGGGGCAUACAGAUUAAACUAAUUGAUAUAUGUAGCUCAAACAACGAAACAUCGGAGACUGUUACAGACCUUUUAUAUUCCGUACUGGAAAAACUUGAGCUUACUACAAAGUGCAUUUCAUUUUCUGGUGAUAACUGUAACACCAACUUUGGUGGAAUUAACAGAACUAGCCAAAAUAAUAUUUUUAGCAGAUUAACCCUCCGUUAG